UUUAAGCCCUUGCUGAGCAUCUAUGAGUCCCUUGAAAUUUUACUUAGUUAUGUUUCAUCAAUGGGGAAUUAUCUCUCUUGGCUUUGCUACUUUUUUCAGCCAUUCACACCAGUUCCAGUUUCUUGUUCCGCACAUGCAAAUAUUGGCGAACUCUCUCGUCUUCUUGGCCUUCUUCCGCCUCCCGCCAUUCGAUCAGACCAUCUUGAUCACAAGGCUAAUCUGUCUACCGACUCUUCAUUGCCGACUUGGUUGGGGGGAGGGAAUUCGAUGUCCCGUCGUCUUCAUUCCACUACAGGGCCUUCUACAUUUGGACGCCCAAUUUCCCAAAUGGCCGUCGGCAAUACUUCUAGUGGCACUGGAGGAGGCGGAGGAGAAACAGACAUUAUUGUGCCAGAUAAAUGGUCUCAGAUAGCAUCCAAAGUCUCAAUACCGCCAACUGAUCAGUUUAACCGGCCUGUCUCAUUGGAGCGCGCUAUAGAGCCAACUGCAUCAUCUAGAGGCAUUACUCGGAGCGCCUCAUCCGUUAACCGCAGAACGCAAAUGCAGAGUCCAUACAAGUUCAACUACUCAUUUGUGUGCCUUCUGCCUCAACUAUGGAAAGGUUAUCCAGGCGGUCAUGAUGCCUUAGACUUUGAUUUCCCGCCUGUCAUCUGGACUAAAUUUGCUUGUCAAUCUCGAUAA